AGUCCAUCCGUCCCUUGCUCUACAUUACACCGUCAAGGCAGUACUGUUAGUCAAGCCAAGCCCAGUCACUCGCCAAAAUGAAGGGAGUAGCAUCCAUUGUCCUGCUUGCAGCCCUCGCCUCUCUGGCCCUCGCCGCCCCUGACCGGAGAUUCCCUAAGACGGGCAAGGAAUGGACGCCGCAGUCUCUGGUGAACCCUGACGAGCUUGGUGACUACUUCGAGGGCGAUAUCGUGCUGCCCCUCCCCCUCAUGGGCAGGAAUGGACUUAUUGACGAGAAGUACCGCUGGCCGGGAGGAAGGGUGGCUUACGAGUUCGACACUACCUACUCUGAAUCCAACAAGGACAAGGUGAGGAAAGCCAUGAACGAGUACGAGACACAAACGGCAGGCUGCAUCUCCUUUCACGAGCGCACCAGUGAGAGCGACUACAUUCUCUUCAAGCACGAUAACAACGACGGGUGCCACAGCUCAGUAGGCAAGCGAGGCGGCAGGCAGAGCAUCAACUACCCCCAGUGGUGCCUUGACAAGUUCGGCUCCACGCUUCACGAGAUGCUCCACGCUCUGGGCUUCCACCACGAGCAGUCCCGCUACGACAGAGACGACUACGUGACCAUCAUGUGGGAGAACAUUGAGGCUGGACACGAGCACAACUUCAACAAGUACUCAAGCAGCGUGAUCAGCGGUUUCGGCGAGGACUACGACUACGGCUCCGUCAUGCACUACUCGGCCCAUGCGUUCUCAGCCAACGGCGAGAAGACUAUCGUGACCAAGGACCCCAACGCGCAUAUCGGACAGCGCGUUGGCCUGAGUGAGGUGGACUGGGCCAAGCUGAAGAAUAUGUACAAGUGUUAAGUGAUGGUUACUUGCCAGCGCAUCACGGCGUUCAGUCCUACCGGGUAACGCCAAUUAGGUAAUAGAAGUGCCGUACAAUAUAAAUUAGUAUCUUAUAUAGAGUUUAUGAUGAUUGUGUACCUGAAAUUAUAAAAUACAGAUUACGUCAAAAAAAAU